AUGGGUAGGGGCAUAUUAGGCGGAAAAGGCGGACGUAUCAGUGGUCCUGGUGGCCUAAGACGUGCUCCCAUUCGCGGCAUCCCUGCUCCCGGUGGUAUUGGUGGCCCCUGUGGCGCUCCUGGUAACCUUUCCAUCGGCAUCCGAUUAGGAGGAACAAGUGGUGGGCGAGGUCUAAUCAGUGGUGGCGCUCCUCGUAUUGGUGGUGGCGCAUUUGUAGAUACCUGA